GCUGGGUAUCGCGGGCUGGUGAUGUAACCAGGCGAGGGAGGCGGGACUGAGCGUGGUGGGCGGGAGGAUGCCAACGGUUUUGAGAGUAGAUCCCCGCGCGACCAAAGGGUGGACAUCGGCCUUUCUGGGUCGGGGUUCGGGGCUGGGGUACAAUCCUUCUGUCCACCUUGGCAAGUUGGGGGCUGAGGACUGACGGUGCAGAGAAUUAGUGGGAACCGGGUGGUCGCGGUAAAGGCGCUCGGGCUGGUCUGGAGGACGCGUGAUAUUUAGGGACAUAGGAGAUUGUGGCAGGGUUCACAAGGUUUCUUUUGGUGGGGUGAGGUGGGAGGGAUUCUACGGAUCUCAGCUGUGGCCCUGGAGGGUCUGGAGCAGAUAUUCAAGGGAGCUGACUGGGUAGAACAGGUGGAGAGGGGUGGGAUGGGUGUGUUGGCAAUGAGGUCCUGCCUCUUUUUGCCCUAAAACUAACUGGGGGGCAGACAUUGGGUUUCUGUUGGGUUUGGGGUCUGUUUUCAGUUUGCAGGUUUUGGUGUGAAGACGGUAUGAGGGCGUUCAAUUGACCAGGGAUAGCCAGUGCUGGAGUUGAUCUGCAGCUUCCAGCCCUCAAGUUGGGAAGGAGCUGCAGCGGUGCUGUGGCCCCAAGGGUGCUCUUCUGUCCAGCGUCGCCUCUACCCUGCACACCCACUGUGUUUCCCAGGAGCUGCGGGGAGGAAUGCCUUUGCCCUCUCCAUGGCCUCUGGAGCCCAUGGAAACCUUCCCUUUUAUCAGAAAGCCUUGAUACCCUUAUUUGCUGAGGAUCCACCAAGGCAUCUUCCUCCCUUCCAAAUCUUCCUUCUCUGUGAACUUAUCCCCAAAUUUGGACUCCUUCAAAACUGAACUAGGAGUUCCCAGUUUUCUGCUGUAUCCAGCUGCCUCUUUGCUUCUCAUGGCAACAUCAGCCACCAGCCCCAGUUCACCUCUUGGGACAGAGGAUCUCCUGAACCAUUCAUCAGAGCUUCCUGGGUUGAACCAGGUGUCCUCUGAGGUAACCUCCCAGCUCUAUGCUUCUUUGCACCUCAGCCGCGAGGCUGAGGCCACAGCCCGAGCCCAGCUGUAUUUAGCCUCCACCUCUUCACCUCCUAAUGAGGCCUUAGACAGUUUGGCUCAAGAGCUUAGUCGCAGCUUGUCAGUUGGAUUGGAGAACAACUCGAAGAAAAAGGUGAGAGAGGAUGGUUCUAAGCAUAUCUUUGAAAUGGAAAGUGUUCGUAGCCAGCUCCAGACCAUGCUCCAUACCUCACGUGAUACUGCCUAUCGUGAUCCCCUCACUCUAGGAAUUGGCUUAGAGAGACGGGAAGAGGACUCCUUUGAUAGUGACAGCACAGCUACCUUGCUCAACACCCGGCCCCUGCAAGACUUGUCUCCAUCCAGCUCAGCCCAGGCACUGGAGGAGUUGUUUCCCCGCUACACCAGCCUUUGUCCAGGGCCCCCACUCAAUCCCCCAGAUUUUCAAGGAAUGAGAGAUGCACUGGACUCAGAACAUACACGCCGCAAGCAUUGUGAGCGCCACAUUCAGAGCCUACAGACUCGAGUGCUGGAGUUGCAACAACAGCUAGCUGUGGCUGUGGCUGCUGACCGCAAGAAAGAUAUCAUGAUUGAACAACUAGACAAGACCCUGGCCCGAGUGGUAGAGGGCUGGAACCGGCAUGAGGUGGAACGGACGGAGGUGCUUCGGGGAUUUCAAGAAGAGCGCCAGGCAGCAGAAAUCACCAGAAGCAAGCAACAGGAGACAGUAACCCGCCUGGAACAAAGCCUUUCUGAGGCCAUGGAAGCCUUGAAUCGUGAACAGGAGGGUGCCAGGCUACAGCAGAGGGAAAGAGAGGCACUGGAAGAAGAAAGGCAAACACUGACUCUGAGGUUGGAGGUGGAGCAGCAGCAGUGCCGGGCCCUACAGGAAGAGCGGGAUGAGGCUAGGGCUGGGCAACUCAGUGAGCGCAGGAACCUGGAGACACUUCAGAUUGCCCUAGAAAAAGAGCGGCAGGCCUGGGCCCAGCAGGAACACCAGCUGAAUGAACGCCACCAGGCACUACAGGAGGAAGGCCAGGCUCAGCUGGAAAGGGAGAAGGGGAACAGCCAGAGGGAGGCGCAGGCAGCCCGGGAGGCCCAGCAGCAGUUGGUGCUGGUGCAGUCUGAGGUGCGGCGGCUGGAAGGGGAGCUGGACACAGUCCAGAGAGAGAGAGACGCUCUGCAGCUGGAAAUGAGCUUGGUUCAGGCUCGAUAUGAGAGUCAGCGGAUCCAGAUGGAGUCAGAGCUGGCUGUACAGCUGGAGCAGCGGGUGACUGAGCGGCUGGCAGAGGCUCAAGAGAACAGCCUGCGGCAGGCAGCCUCCCUAAGGGACCAUCACAGGAAGCAGCUGCAGGAGCUCAGUGAGCAGCACCAGCAGGAACUGGCCACCCAUUUGGCUCAGUUCAAGGUGGAAAUGGCUGAACGAGAGGAACGGCACCUGCAGGUGGCUCAGGACUAUGAGCUCAGACUGGCACGGGAACAAGCACGGGUGCGUGACCUGAAGAGUAGCAACCAACAUCUGGAGGAACAGCGGGUGGAACUGGUAGAACGGCUCCAAGCCAUGCUGCAGGCCCACUGGGAUGAGGCCAGCCAGCUGCUUAGUACCACUCUUCUGCCUCCCAACCCUCAGGCUCCUCCUGCUGAGCCCUCUAGCCCUGGGCCUCCAGAGCUGGAGAAGGAGGAGAGGAGGAUCUGGACUAUGCCUCCUAUGGCUGUGGCCCUGAAACCUGUGAUGCAGCAAAGCCGAGAAAUGAGGGAUGAUCUGCCUGGAGUGCCUCCUGAUCUCUGUUGCCCCUCCCCAGAUCUUAGCCUCCUGUUGGGGCCCUCUUUUCAGAGUCAGAACUCCUUCCAGCCCUUGGAUCCCAAACCUGACCUGGCUCCACCUACAGCUGGACCCUUCUCUGCACUCGAGGCUUUUGAUGUUGAUCACAGGGCAGAACGACCAUUCCCUGAGGAGAACCCUGGAUCUGCUGGAGAUGGCUCCCUGAAGCCAGGGCUGCCACCUGCUUCUCAUCUUGAAGGCCUCAAGAAUUUUUUGCAGCAGCUGCUGGAGACAGUACCUCAGAGCAAUGAGAACACCUCUGUUGACCUGUUGCCUGCUAAAUCUGGUUCUCAGACUGUCCCGUCUUGGGAGGAAGCCCCUCAAGUGCCACGCCUUCCACCCCCUGUCCAUAAAACUAAAGUUCCCUUAGCCAUGGCGUCCAGUCUUUUCCGGGCCCAUGAGCUUCCCUCAUCCCAUUACCAAGGCAGUGGUCUCAGCACUGGCUCUCCAGAGAGAGGUACAGAUGGGCUCCACUCCCCAAAGCAGCUGAUGGAGGUGUCUGAGCUGUUACGUCUGUACCAUGCUCGGGGCUGGGGUGCUCUACCUGCAGAGGACCUACUGUUCUACCUGAAGAGACUGGAACAUGGCAGGACUGAUGGCCAAGGGGUGACUGUCCCCAGAAGGAAUACAGAUUCCCGCUUGGGUGAGAUCCCCCGGAAAGAGAUCCCCUCCCAGGCUGUUCCUCGCCGCCUUGCUUCAGCCUCUAAGACCGAAAAACCUGCUCGGAAGAAAAGUGGGCAGCCUGCCCCUAGUAACCUGAGGAAUCGGGGAGGAGUUUGGAGAUGAGCCUCACCCCUUCUCUGCUCUCUUCUUCCUCUUCUGGUGCUUAUUUUAACAAAUGCUCAGUAGUUUGUAUCAGAGGAAUUUGGAAAAUGGAGAUUUUGUAGAAAGCUACUUUGUAAAGAAACCUCACUCUGUUUCAGUAUUUCUUAAGAAUGUGUUUGUAAUUUCCUAUGAGAAAAGACACAAAUGUAUUGAGGCUGCUGUUUGACUAGACUAGGAGUGUGAGUGUGGCGAGGCUGCAAAGUGAAUCUUUGCAGUGAUCAGCUGCUUAGAAUUGUUAGUGACUCCUAGUCUCUUUUACACAUUUUGUAUUUUCUAUUAAAAGUAUGUAUUA